CUUGUCUCAUUUCAUUUUCUUCGAAAAGAAAUGAUAAGUACAUCCGGGGACUUUAGAUUACCAUAUAUGGGAGUUUGGGAAUUCUAAAACGAGGCCAUAUUGAGUCUUGGUUGUCUUGAGAACAUUGUCUUCAGGAGUCUUUCCGUGAAAGUUGUACCAUCAUGGCGUUAAUUUCAAGAUUGAUGCGGCAGAAUUGUGUCCGAAACAUAAUGCUGACGGCAACAUCGCCUAGCGCCUGGCGGCCCUUGAGCAGAGGACGGUCAUCGGUAGCCUCCCCUCUCAUGAGGUCUAUACUUGUUCUGAAGAAUUCUCCCGAAAGUCUUCAACGAUUUAGGGAGGCCAGGGCCGACGUCUACGUCCUAGAUCUGGAAGACGGGGUACCGAAAGAUGAGAAAGAGUCUGCCCUGAAGCUCUACGCUGAGGCGCUGAAGAGCAGGAUGUUCCGCGGUCAGACUGUGUACGUGCGGUUCAGUGACAUCACGGACGACGUCAUCAGAAGGGAGGCCAGCGCCAUCUGCCAUCCUGACCUGACGGGCUUUAUCGCACCCAAAGUCACUUCUCCUAAUGACAUCAGGAAAGUCGAUGAAGUCCUGUCAGAGGUAGAAAAGAAGAAAAACCUGAUUGCCGGUCCCUGCAAGAUCAUGGCCAUAGCGGAGACAUUGGAAGCAGUUUCGCACGCACCAGACAUUGCAAAGGCAUCCCCUCGAAUGUCGGCACUUAUAAAUGGGAGGGCGGACAUCGCUGCUGGUUUCCAGAGACCUCCCCUGACCAGUCCCAUCGGAAAUGCUUUUCAACUCCAGAUUCUGCACGCCGCGAAAACGGCCGGAAUAGCAGCGAUCGACGCCGUGACCUACAUCGACAACUUUCCCCGUCUGGAAAGUGACGUUACAAGUGGAAAAACUCUUGGAUAUGAUGGAAUGAUUAUUGUGCAUCCAUUGCUGGUGCCUUUUGUAAACCAGCUCUAUACCCCUACACGACAAGAGAUAGAGUGGGCCGAACAAGUCACGGCAGGAGUAAGGGUCUAUCAGCGAACACCCCAGGAGUAUCGGGAGUUCAUUGGGCCUCCUCAUCUUAUCGGUGCUACCCACAUCCUGGAGACACACAGAAAGAUCCAGGCAUUGGAAUCAUCCGUAAGUAUAAACGAUAGACCGCAGGGUAAAUCCAAUGAAAAUCCGGGCAUCGUUAUUCCACUAAUACGGAAAGGAGGACUCACAGGUAACUCAAUCGAAGGAGGAGAAUGGACCACAGGAAUCGUACCUGUCAACUUGGAUUCGUCUUGGCGAGUUGCCUGGGACUCUUCAUUUUUCAACGCUCGGAGUGUGAACAGUUCAGACCUGACAGCAAAGAAGAUGGACCUUCCGGGAAUCCAGCCUCCCUUCCAUCUACUUGCGACAUUGACGAUGUCUUUGUCUGUGGCAAAGUAAAUUGAUCUUAUAUUUUUUCCUUGUGAUGAGUAUAAGUUGGGUGGUUGGAUGUCGGUUACUUUAACACAUCAAUGAAAACUAGGCAGAUGCAAAGGGGAAAAGCGCAAUUUUCAAAGCACGUAAGCGUUAGAUAUAUAGCAUUGCACAGUAACUGUACAAUUUUACACCAUAGGCAAGCAAUAAUUCGCAUUACUCUUAUUUAAGGAGAACAGUUUUUCCAUAUAGCAAUUCAUAUAUUUCCCUAUUUUAAUUUUUUUUUUCCGCUAAUUUGUUUAUCAGAAGUAGCUCGAUAGAAGAAAGAGUUUAGGUUCAGUCUAGAUUUGCUACUAUCACGGCACGAAAAACGGUAUUUACGGAUGCUUAAACUAUGCUUAAAGUCAACGUAUAUUCCGUCUUUACGCAUCUAUACACGUCUUAUACGAGUACGUAAAGAUCGACGUUACGUGGUCUUUCAGUAGCUGCGGAUGGAUCCUUAUCACGGCGGUCUGUCACUACGGUAUUCUUUCCCAUUGCUAGGCGCGUUCUAAAAGGUAUCGGAUUACA